AUGGUAACCAAAAUCAGUGUUGAGGAUGAGAAGUCAGGGAGGAGUCAAGGAGACAGGCCUGUUUCCAGCUUAAACAAGAUCGGUAGUGUGCGAGGACAUUCGGAGAAGGGACUCCUUCAGGGAGCCACGGCUCUGAGCAAGUGUCUUUUUAGCCAGGAGCUGGAUCCAAACUCUGGCUUGCUUCCUCCUCUGUCCCGGGCUUGCUCCUGCCUGCCAGAGCCCUGUAUGGAAGGUGAGAGAAGCCCAGCCCCCCCGGAGAAGGGCAGAGACUCUCCCUUUGCCUGGAGCCCCGGCCCCAGCUCCAGCUUCAUCGACCCUGACUGGUUUGGGGAUGAGAACAUCCAAGCAAAGAGGGCCAGGGUGGAGACCAUCGUCCAAGGCAUGUGCCUCUCUCCUCACACUCUGGCUCCGGCGCCCAGCAAGGCCCGAGCCAGGGACGGUGCCUGUUGCUCAGGGAAGGCCCGGGAGCGGAAGAGGAAGCAGAGCCUUCCCAUGCAGCAAGGCCCCCUGAAGCCAGGCCCUGCCGGGGACCACAGCAGCCGGAAAGGGGGCCCUCGGGUAAGAGAACAGCUCCACCAGCUGAAGCAACAGCUAAAACAUUUACAAAAGCACAUCCUGUGGGCUGCUGAGCCCAGGGACACGGCCCAGGACCCAGGGGGCUCUGAGACGGACAAGGGCCCUCUGAGGGCACAGCAGAGGAAGGGCUAUGGACGUAGGCCCCGGGCUCUGGACAGUGACCACUACCAGGGUUCCCAUGGGGACCACCCUGAGGAGGAAAAACACAGAGCCUCUGAGGCGGAACACCAGUCUGAGGAGCCCAGGUUCCUUCCCUGUGGAGCACAGGCAUUGCUGGAGAUUCUGAGGAAAGAACUGACCGGGGCAGUGUCCCAAGCUGUGGACUCAGUAUUACAAAAGGUACUGUUGGAUCCACCAGGCCACCUGACUCAGUUGGACAGAAGCUUCCAGGGGCUUGUGCCAGAGGGGAGAAGUGAGCCCUCACCUCCUGAGAGAGGUGCCUGUAAAGACCUAUUUCCUCUGGCCGCCUUGCCCAGGAGGGCCCAGCCACAGACUGGGGUCCUGUUGCAAAACUUCUCACUGGCCAAGUCUCUGGACCCUCCCAGGUACCCUGUCUCUCUGAGGAUGAUCCCUAUACCCUAUCAGGGUCCCCCAGCAAACUGUCCUUUGACUGCGCCUUCCCACAUCCAGGAAAAUCAGACUCUUGGCCAGCUGCUGGGUCCCAGACCCAGUGGUCACUGGAGCAUCAGUCUUCCCCACGACUCAACUUCCCAAAGUCAUUGCUCUUCAGAGUCCGGCCUGCGACCGUGGGGAGCAGUCAAACUGCGGCCAUCGGUGCUGAGCCAGCAGCAGUACGCCUUGCCCUUCACUUCCCCCCGUCUGGAAAGACUGCCCGUUCUUCCCUCGGUGAAGAUGGAACAGGGCGGCCUGCAGGCUGUCCCCGAUGUGCUGCCUUUUCCUUCAGUCCACAUCCAGGAGGGCCUAAAUCCUGGUCACUUGAAGAAGGCCAAACUGAUGUUUUUCUUCACACGCUACCCCAGCUCCAACCUCUUGAAGGCUUACUUCCCCGAUGUCCAGUUCAACCGCUGCAUAACCUCCCAGAUGAUUAAGUGGUUCAGCAACUUUCGGGAGUUUUAUUACAUCCAGAUGGAGAAAUUUGCCCGGCAAGCAACUACAGAUGGUGUCACAAAUCCCAAGAUGCUGGUGGUACUCCGUGACUCAGAGCUUUUUCGAGCUCUCAAUAUACACUAUAACAAGGGAAACGAUUUUGAGGUCCCAGAUUGCUUCUUGGAAGUUGCCAGCUUGACGUUACAGGAGUUCUUCAGGGCUGUCUCCACGGGGAAAGACUCAGAUCCUUCCUGGAAGAAACCCAUUUAUAAAAUUAUUUCGAAACUGGACAGUGACAUCCCAGAGAUAUUCAAAUCUUCCAACUAUCCCCAGGAGCUGUUUCGGAAUUAA